UUCAAAUUUCAAAUUUCAAACCAACACUCUCAACGUGUUUAACACUGUUUCUUCAGUUGAUCUGUUUGGACCAUUUACAUUAAUUUAUACGGAGUAUUAUUAUACAGACAAUAACACCCACGAAUUACUACAUCUAACCACCCUGCGUGAUUAUUAUUAUAUCAGAAAAAGACUCUUAUUUACUUGCAUAUGUCAAGAGAGCUUCAUAGUUUAUACAGUGUGAACAGUAGAAGACUCUCCCAAUUCUAAGGUAAUAUUUUAAAAAAACCUUAUCUUUUAUCAUUUUUUAUUCAUAUAUUAACUUAAUGCGAGACCAUUUUCAACCUUUUGGUGCGUCGUCAUGCAUGGGUCUACAUAUAAACUGUGUGGAUUUCCAACUGGAAGGGGAGCGGGAAAAAGCCCUUUCUUUCUAUGAUCUGCUUUUCUGGGUGUGGGUCAGCAUCUGUCAUUUGAUGAUUUCUUGGAAUCUUGAGACACGAUUAGAAUAUAAAUAACCCACUUUCCUGAUUUUGUUUCUUCAUUUAAUAGAAGUCCCAAUUUUCUCUUUUUUUAGAAAGGGAAGAAAAGAGAAAUUGAAGCUGGGCAGUGAGGGGUAGCCAUCAAAUGAGUUGUUAAAAUGCAUUAGUCUUGUGUAGGUGUGGCCACUGUGUUUGGUGUCCAAAAUGUCUUUUGUUAAUCGUUGUUUGCUUAGGAAUUGAUGCUUUUGAGGAUCAGGUAAGAGGCUCCAUAUCUGAGGUGUAAUUUGUUUGGUGAUUGUUGGAUUCAUCUUUACUUUCCAAGCAAAAUAGGGUUGGGGAAAGUUCCAGAAAUCCACCUUUAAUUCAAUUCUCAAUAACCACUACUUUAAAGAUUCUUUCUUUUUUUAUUUGUAUUUGUUUGCCUUUACCAUCUACUCAAACUUCUCAAACAAGUCAUGUGAUUUCUGGCCUUCUGGGCUACUUUUUAUCUUCAUUUAAGUAUGUGGAUCUGAAAUCAAACAGAAUUAAUUGUCAAUAGUGAAUCACUGGAAUUGAACUUGGAGAAUAAGAUGAGAUUGUGUUUGAAGUGAGUGGGGGGAGGAGGAGAUGGAGAAGAGGAGUUGGCUGUGGCGGAAGAGGUCGGCUGACAAGGUUCCUAGUGGUGAAACUGAAAGCUCUGGUUCCAUUUCAUCCCAUUCUGAGAGAUUCUCCGAUGAUCAGGUCAUCCCAAAUCAUACUAUUCAAUCACCGGAAGUAACGUCAAAAAGCACAUCAAACGAUGAAGAACACAAUGAGACCGUGAAGUCUCUAUCUGCAAAACUGUCGGAAGCUCUGCUUAACAUCCGUGCUAAAGAAGACUUGGUAAAGCAGCAUUCGAAAGUUGCCGAGGAAGCCGUCUCAGGUUGGGAAAAGGCCGAAGCUGAAGUUCUGGUUCUGAAGAAACAAGUUGAAGCUGCAACAGAAAAGAACACGGUCCUUGAACAUCGCACCACUCAACUUGAUGGAGCACUCAAAGAGUGUCUUAGACAGCUCCGACAAACAAGGGAAGAUCACGAAGAGAAGAUUCUAGAAGCCAUAUGCACCACAUCCUCUCAAUGGGAGUCCACAAAGUCUCAGCUUGAGAAACAGCUCUCCGAGCUCCAGUCUCAACUAGAAACCGCUAGAUCUGAAGCAGUCAUGAGCAAUCUAGCUGCAGAAACCGCCAGUAGGCAGCGUUUGGAGAGCGUAAAACGGGCGAACAAGCUUGAAGGUGAGUGUCGCAUGCUGAAGGCACUCGCUGCCAAGACAUCAUCACCAUCGUCGGCCGCUUCCACUGAUAGCAAAUCCGAUAGAGUGUCUGGAAUCGAGAACGUGGUUAAUCGGUCCGGCAAAUCCGAUUCUGCUCGUACUUCAGAAUUGAAUCUAAUGGACGAUUUUCUGGAGAUGGAGAGGAUUGCCUCUUCGCACGAGAACCGGGCCAAUGCAUCCAUCAUGAACCGGACGAACGAGGGGGAGGAAAAACUGCAGAAUUUGGAGGCAGAGAAAGCGAAACUGGAGAUGGAAUUGAAUCGAUGCCAGUUCCAUCUGAAAAAGUCAAACGGUCAACUAAAAGAUACAGAGAGAAAGUUGGUAGAGGUCAGAGCUGAGUUAGCUUUGGCAAACAAAAUGUUUAAACAAAGUGUAGAGAAAACGGAAAAGGAAGUGGUGGAGCUUCGGAAUAAGUUAGAUACUGCACAGAAAGGAAAGAAAACCAUUGAAGCUGAACUUGAGGAUACAAAGCUUGAACUCAAGAAAUCAAUGGAGCGGUUAGAGGAAGCAGAGGCGAAAUUCUUGGAGAUUCAUACUCAGUUGGAAAAGGCAAAUGGAACAAAGUGUGCUGUUGAGUCUGAACUGAAGGAUAGCAAUGCAAUGAGAGAGGAAUUAGAGUUUAGACUCAAAGGUGCAGAGUUUGAAAUGCAGAAAUUGCAGUCAAGAGUUUGUUCUCUUGAAGAAGAGGUGAAGAAGGAACAGAGGAUUUCAGAAGAAGCCAUUGCAAAGUUGAAGAAACUGGAGAGUUUGCACUUAGAACAGACAUUCCAGAUACAGAAAGCGGGAAAUAUAGCAGACCUAAAAUUCGAUAAGGAAAGAGAAUUGGCAGUGGCUGCUACUAGAUUUGAGGAGUGCAAAAAGACUAUUGCCUCCAUUGGUAGGCAGCUGGAAACUUUUUCUAUCUUCGAAGAUUCCACAAUCUGCUCCUAGAGACUCAGAGACUCACAUCCUCAAAAACUCUUUUAAAACCAGUUCUCAGUCAUCUGAAACUAACUGUUCAUCACUCAUCAGACUUCAUUAAUGAAAAGCUGAAAAUGUCAAAUGGCCACCAACUGAAGAGCUGAAUAUCAGGACCUGGGAAGUCUGAGGUAUAAUUCUUUUGUCUCGAAGUGGAGUUUUCUGUAGGAUUUUUCGGCGAGAUUAAUUCUUUUUAAGAUGAAUUAACACGUGAGAUGCAAGUAAUAGUGAACUGCUAUUUCUUGGAGGGUAAUUUUUCUGUUCAAUUCGAAUUGUUGCUUUGUGCUCCGGCGUCAAAUGUAUACUACAAACUCAGAUAUGCAUAGAUAGUGAUAUCAAAAUAUUACCCUAUUUCCUCAUAUGUUAUCGCAUCUUUUCAUGUUGAUCUGCCCAAAACACGUUACAUAUUCCAUACGUAGUAUUUGGUAAUAUUGGUG